GCAACAAUGAUCCUUCCCACUCGUACCAUGUCCCCACCGCACGGGGCCUUCCACCCGCCGUCGCACUCGCACCCCGACGAAGAACCCGUAUCACGCACUUAUCAGUACCGGAAAGUGAUGAAACCCAUGCUUGAAAGAAAGCGGCGCGCACGCAUCAACCGCUGCCUCGACGAACUGAAAGACCUCAUGGUUACCGCUCUACAAGCCGAAGGCGAAAACGUCUCCAAGCUCGAGAAAGCUGAUAUCCUCGAGCUGACAGUGCGGCACCUCCAUAGUCUCAAGAGACGAGGACAGUUAGUGUUAAACCCCGAAAUGUCUUACGCGGAACGUUUUCGAGCAGGUUUUGCUCAGUGUGCAACCGAAGUGUCCCAGUUUAUUACGAACGCUACAGUAGCUGCUAAUGCUAUGCAUCGUCAAGGUCCAGUGGAUCCUCAAGCUGGAGCGAGACUGUUGCAGCAUUUAAGCAACUGCAUCCGGAGGCUGGAGAGCCCGCAAGUGGUUCAACCUCAGCCCAUCGCGCCCGGGGUAGCGCGGCCAACACCUUUGCAAGCUAUUGCCCCAGCACCGAGCCAAGCUCAACCACAUCAAGUGCCUCAGCCGGUCCCCAGAACGUCGCUAGAACGGAAAAGACCUGCGGAGGAGCUCAUCGACGUGGAAACGAUCGCCACAAAAAGGUUAUACGCGCCACCCUCGCCGCCUCACAGCCCCGCCUCCGAAACUGACUCCGCCCAGUCGAUGUGGCGGCCGUGGUGAUCGACCCACCACCUCUCACCAUGAUCUCGUAUGCUCACCAUCAAGGAUUGUGACAACCGUGUGAUAGUUACAAAUGUUUUGUUGUUUGAUACCGUUAACGUUCCUAGAACCGAUGUGUUGAAGUACUCAUGCAUGAACUCGAUUUGAUUUGUUGAAGCUUGUUUUUAAUUUAAUAAAAGUAAGGUUUUGUUUUCUUAUAAACUUACUGUUAUUUUUGUCCUUCAGCGUCUUCCGCGUCGGUAGCAUUUAUGUUAAAGUUGAUAUCGUAGCGUAGCGUAGCACCUAAGUUAACACUGUGAUACCUAUUUGUAG